AAGAGCAUGGACCCCCUCAAAUGGCGCCUCCUCCCGAUUCUCGUCCUGCUCGUCUCCUUCCUCGUCCUCCUCCUCCAAAACCCUUCCGAGAGAUUGGAUAGCGCUUGUAGCCUCCUCCCCUACGAUCAUUACUGGAUUACUAGCAAGCGCAUCGUUACCCCUCGAGGUGUUACUCCGGGCGCAGUGGAGGUGAAAGGAGGGCGGAUUAGUGCCGUGACCGAAGGGGAUUAUCAGCAUUGGGUGCUCUCCAGUAACCGUGUCGUCGAUUACGGCGAAGCGGUUGUCAUGCCCGGUUUGAUUGAUGUGCAUGCACAUCUCGAUGAGCCCGGAAGGGUUGAGUGGGAAGGAUUCUCUACUGGCACUAAGGCAGCAGCAGCAGGUGGCAUAACCACGUUGAUCGACAUGCCCCUUAAUAGUUUUCCUUCGACUGUGUCAGAAGAAACACUCGAGUUAAAGGUCAAGGCAGCUGAGAAGAAAAUUUAUGUUGAUGUGGGAUUCUGGGGUGGCCUGGUACCAGACAACGCGUUUGACACAAUUGCUUUGGACCGUCUUCUUAGGGCUGGUGCACUUGGUCUAAAGUCUUUUAUGUGCCCAUCAGGUAUUAAUGAUUUUCCGAUGACAAAUUCAACCCAUAUAAAGGAGGGGUUGAACGUCUUGGCAAAGUACAAGAGGCCCUUGCUUGUCCAUGCUGAGGUUGUCUUGGAUUCUGAGAGCAACACUGAACUUACUUCUGUUGAUAGUUUGGACCCACGAUCCUAUGCCACGUAUCUUAAGACUAGGCCACCGUCAUGGGAGGAAGCAGCCAUUAAAGAGUUGCAAGCUGCAAUGAAGGAGACAGAGAUUGGCGGUCGUGCUGAAGGAGCUCAUAUCCAUAUUGUCCACUUGUCAGAUGCCGAAACAUCUCUAGAUCUUAUUAAGGAUGCAAAAAGCAGAGGUGCUAGUGUAACCGUGGAGACCUGUCCCCAUUACCUGGCUUUUGCAGCUGAAGAAAUUCCAGAUGGGGAUACUCGUUUUAAAUGUGCUCCACCUAUACGCGAUGCAGCUAAUAGGCAGCAAUUAUGGGAAGCUUUGCUGGAGGGGCAUAUUGAUAUGUUGAGUUCCGAUCAUUCACCGUCGGUACCAGAUCUAAAACUCUUUGAUGAAGGCGACUUUCUGAGAGCGUGGGGUGGCAUAUCAUCUUUGCAGUUUGUUCUCCCUGUAACAUGGUCUUAUGGACAGAAAUUUGGAAUUACUUUGAGUCAAUUAGUUUUGUGGUGGAGCGAAAGGCCAGCUAAACUUGCAGGCCAACAACACAAGGGAGCCAUCAUACCAGGGAACGAUGCUGAUUUUGUUGUGUGGAAACCUGAUGUGGAGUUUGACCUCAACGAAAACCAUACUAUAUACCAUAAACAUCCAAAUAUUUCUGCAUACGUUGGCAAAAGGUUAUCUGGAAAGGUGUUGGCAACUUUUGUAAGAGGGAAUCUUGUAUAUACCGAAGGAAAGCAUGCCCCAGCAGCAUGUGGUGUUCCGAUCCUUGCUAAGUCCUACGAUACAAGUGGGAUAUUCGUCUUUCCCUCCAAACGAACGGAUAAGGCAACGGUAGCUAUUUGUAUGUAUACAGCAGGAAAAGAGUCCUUCCUCAUGGGAGCCUCUCACUGCUUCCUCCUCCCAAGAGGAAAAACCCCGACUCUCCUCUCCUCCAUCGACGCCAUACCCAUCUCCACCUCCCCCGAACCUGGGGUUUCAACCCGCAUCGUCCUCUCUAGGGUUAGCUUUUCAAAGCUCUUUCGGGAGAAACCCCGCGCCCUCCGCCUUAAAGCUAGGGCUACUGUGACACGAAUCCCGGAGACCGCCGACUCUAGGGUUUCCGAGGAGCUCAGGAGGGAGACGGAGGAGUCCCUGCAAUGGCGCUCCGUGUGCUCCCAGGUCGCCGCGUUCGCCUCCACCAGCGCGGGGCGCGCCAUGUGCGAGAGCGGGGAGCUCCCGGUCGGAGCAGACCGGGAGGAGAGUGAGAGGCUCUUGGACCAGACGGCUGCCGCCGUGCUGCUUCCGGAGCCGUUGGAUUUCUCCGGUGUUGAUGAUGUGUCGGAGAUCGUGAGGUCGGCGGUGGCUGGGGAGUUGCUCACCGUCCGGGAGCUUUGCGCCGUCGAGCGGAGCCUUCGGGCCGCAGGAAGGGUUUUUGAGCAGCUGAAGCAAGUUUCCGGCGAUUCCGACAGGCACUCUCCUCUUCUUUGCAUAUUUCAAGAUUGUUAUUUUCUGACAGAACAGGCUCAGAAUAUAGAAUUUUGUGUUGAUUGUACUCUCUCUAUAGUUCUCGAUCGGGCCAGUAAGAAGUUGGCGUCAAUAAGGAUGGAUAGGAAGCUAAACAUGGAGAAACUGGAUUCUCUAUUGAAAGAGGUGUCGAUUAGGGUUUUCCAGGCCGGCGGUAUCGAUAGCCCAUUGAUCACUAAGCGCCGGUCUAGAAUGUGUGUUGGUGUUAAAGCUUCGCACAAAUCUCUUCUUCCUGAGGGAAUUGUUUUGAGUUCCAGCAGCUCGGGCAUGACGUACUUCAUGGAGCCAAGAGAUGCGGUUGACCUGAACAACAUGGAAGUGAAGCUCUUGAGUGAUGAGAAAGCUGAGGAGAUUGCUAUUUUGGGCUUUCUAACCUCACAAAUAGCUGGCUCGGAAGGAGAGAUUAAGCAUUUGAUGAACAAGAUUGUAGAGUUGGACCUUGCUUCUGCUAGAGGUGCAUAUUCUUUGUGGAUUCAUGGUGUGCGGCCGACUUUUACGAGGGAAAAUGAGAAUUUGUCAGUUGAUAUUGAAGGUAUUCAGCAUCCUGUGCUCCUUGAACCUUCCCUCAAAAGGCUGAAAAUGGUAAAAUCAAGUGAAACAGUGGAAGAUUCUUCAGAAUUUCCCAUUGGGGAACCUCCUGUUCCCCUGGAUAUAAAAAUAGGGCAUGCCACAAAGGUGGUCGUCAUCUCUGGACCUAAUACUGGAGGGAAAACUGCUACUAUGAAAACCUUGGGCUUGGCCUCUCUUAUGUCAAAGGCUGGACUUUUUUUGCCUGCUAAGUCUACGCCCUCACUUCCAUGGUUUGGUCAGGUUCUUGCUGAUAUUGGUGAUCACCAGUCCUUGGAGCAUAGCCUCUCUACCUUUAGUGGGCACAUUUCACGACUCCGCAAAAUAAUCAACGUUGUUUCGAAAGAAUCGCUUGUUCUGGUUGAUGAGAUUGGCAGCGGCACAGACCCUUCAGAAGGUGUGGCUCUUUCCACCAGCAUUUUGCAGUAUCUUUGUGAUCGCGUUGGUCUAGCCAUUGUGACUACUCAUUAUGCUGAUUUGAGUCGUCUUAAAGCUGUUGAUUCUCGGUUUGAGAAUGCUGCAAUGGAGUUUUGUACGGAAACCUUGCAGCCUACGUAUAGAAUAUUGUGGGGGAGUACUGGUAGUUCUAAUGCUCUGAGUGUUGCUAAGUCAAUUGGGUUUGAUCAGAAAGUGCUUGACCGCGCACAAGAAUGGGUUGAGAUGCUAAUGCCUGAUAAACAAAAGGAACGGCAGGGUUUGCUGUAUCAGUCUCUGUUGGAAGAAAGGAGCCGCCUAGAAUAUCAAGCAAAAAAAGCUGCUUCUGUUCUUUCAGAUGUUAAGAAACUUUAUUUCGAGAUUCAUUCUGAGGCUGAGGAUCUUGAUAAGCGGGAGGUGGCCCUAAAGGCGAAAGAAACUCAAUUAAUACAACAGGAACUAAAGGUUGUGAAGUCUCAAAUGGACUCCAUAGUAAAGAACUUUGAGAAUCGACUCCAGAAUGCAACUCCUGAUCAAUUUAAUUCAAUAAUGAGAGAAGCAGAAGCGGCUAUUGCCUCUUUGGUUGCAGCUCGCACUCCAACAGAUGAUAUGUUUGAUGAAGGAACAGAGAAUCAGAAUUCCUAUGUCCCUCAAAUUGGAGAUAAAGUAUAUGUUAAAGGAUUAGGAGGUAAGUUGGCUACAGUCGUUGAAGAACCUGGAGAAGAUGGUGUUACUAUGGUUCGGUAUGGAAAAAUAAAGGUUCGUGUGAAGAAAAAUGACAUGAAAUUGUUCCAAAGAACCAUGAAGGAUAUGGCAGUGACUACAUCUCGACUUAUAAAAGCACAGGAGCAAAAGAAGUAUCCGAGGAGACCAUCCAUGGAGGCAAAGGAAAAUGAAGAGGAGGCUUCUUUCGGGCCGGCCGUGCGGACAUCGAAGAACACAGUCGAUCUGCGGGGCAUGCGGGUCGAAGAAGCAUCACAUCACCUUCAAAUGGCGAUAUCGGGGAGCAGAUCUCGCCAGGUUCUCUUUGUUGUUCAUGGGAUGGGUAGCGGCGCCGUGAAGGCGAGUGCCCUAAACAUUCUUCGAAAUCAUCCUCGAGUGGCCAAGUUUGAAGAGGAAAGCCCCAUGAACUACGGGUGCACCAUUGCUUAUAUCAAAUGAUUAUUCUUUCAUUUGAUUUUACUUUUUUCUUUUGUUUCUCAAAUCAAUACCUACAAUGUCAAGAUGUGUAUUCUAGCCAUUUCGAUUUUCAGGUGUAAAAAGAUUGCAGCUGGAGAUUUAGAUUUAUCUCGUUCAGCAGAUCCGGGCCAUCAUACGAUAGAGCAUAAAAAUUUGCAUCUGUGCCUUCUAAGUAGUCCAUACCAUAAUUGCAUUUAUGCCCUCCAAGUGGGAUCAUUUUCAUAGUAAACAUUCAGAGCCUGCUUGUUUCCGUGAUUCGUGGUCGUCGAUCAUGUUCUUCCUAAACUCUCAAUUUCUUAGGAAAGAUCAAAGCCCCAUCAUUUUUAGUGCAGUACAACUUUUUUUUUUUUUUUUUCCUUUUGUAAAUACAAAUGGAUGUGGUUUUAGGGGUAUAAUAGAAACAAAAUCUUUCUUAUUUAUCUGGAAGCUCGUUUUGUUUUGUCAGUUGUAAACGUAAAACCACUUUCUAUUCUAUCCUAUUCUUGAAAUUACAUUACAGCUGGCGAUUAUUACAUUAUAUAUGAUCAUAAUUCGUCGCCAGUAAAAGAUACGACGGUUGCUUCUUUUUCCACUCUGUUUCCACCCAAUUCCACCGCGAUCUCCACCGCACAAAUGCAAACCAAACCCCCCAAAUCGCCCGCCACGUGUCCCUUCCGUUUCCCUCUAAAUCGCGCCAAAAGCGGGAGACCCCCUCUUAAAAAGGGGCGAACCCCCCCCUCUCUCUCUCUCUCAUUUGAAAAGAGGAAUCGAUCGAAGCGAGGGGAGAGAGAGAGAGAGAGAGAGAGAGAGCGCUUUAGCCCUAACCCUAACCCUAGGGGGAGCUUGGUUAGGGAACGAUGGGGGACUUGGAGAAGCAGUUGAAGGAGAAGGCGAAGGAGUUGAAGAAGCUGCUGAAGAAGGGGAUGAAGGUGGUGGGCCCGCCGUGCAAGAGGGGGAUGAAGGUGGUGGGGGCUUCGUGCAAGAAGGGCUGGUACAAGGUUCGCAAACACCUCAAAGCCUAAAGAGAUUUAUUUUUAUAUUUAUUCUUAUUUUUAUUUAGGAUUCUCUCUCUCUCAUUUGUGUUUCUCUCUCUCUCUCUCUCUCUCUCGCACAAACUCUCAAUCUCGAUGUAUUGAUCUCUUUCUCCGAUUUGAUAUACUGGGAUUUUUUGUGAUGGGUGUUUCUUUGUCGGAGAUUGGAUCGUGGUUCAUUGCUAGUUAAUUGGUUUACUAAUUUUAGAAUCUUAUCGACA